CAAUAAAAGAGAAACCAGCUCGUAUUCUCGCAUUGGUCUCAGACCCCUCUAUCAGGCUUUUUAUCUUUCUCUCAGUCAGGUACGAACAAUCUUUAUCUUGGAAUUCACUUCGUCGUUUGUUUCUUUACUUCCUCAAUUUCAUUUCUAUGGAACUCAGAAUCUCCACAAUCUAAUGCAUAUUCCUAUGUUCUUUUACUCUUUCUUUGUACCCAUUUCUGUUUAGAUUCGCUUUUGUCUUAAGACUAUAGUAGAGAUCGUGCUUAGGUUUCGCCUCUAUAAUCUAACAAAGAAAACUUGCUUUUGAUCUUACCUGGACCUGUUUGAUCAUCUUUAGGCUGUAUUUUGGUGUAAAAGGUAGUUGCUUUUCUUUGAAAAUCUUGGUCUGUGAACGGCUCUAGGUAGAGUAACACUUAAGGUUAGGAUUUUUGAGGGUUGGUUGUGUUGAAGUACAUGUUCAUGGAUCAACAAAAUUCCCAAUUUUCCGGUUCCAUUAACGGGCUCAGAUUUGAUGAUAGAGAGAUCCUUUUUCCCGAGUCAGAUCUGCACCCAAAUGUUGCAAAUGGGGAUGAUCUUAAUAAUCCUACUCUGGAUCUUAGCUUCGUGAACCAUCUUGUUUUUCCGCCUGAUCCUGGCACCGGCAAUUAUGCUCAAUCAAGCUUCGAGGGAGAUUCUCCUUCGGAUGACGGUGACUUUUCUGAAAGUCUCCUCAAGUACAUAAACCAGGUGCUUAUGGAAGAGAACAUGGAGUCUAAGCCUUGUAUGUUCCAUGACCCGUUGGCUCUUCAAGCCGCGGAGAAAUCAUUUUAUGAACUCCUUGGUGGGAAGGAUCCUCCUUCCCCUGAUCAACACCCACUUUACAUUGAUCAAAAUGUUGAGAGUCCUGAAGAUUAUUUUUUGAGCAGUUUCAGUGAUCAUAGUAGCAGUAGCAGUUCUGGUUUUAGUAAUGGUAACUUGGCCGAUUCUCCGUGGAAUCAUGCUGAAUUUGGAGACUAUAAACCCUCUGUAUUGAAAAAUCCUCUUCCCACUAACUUCGUUUUUCAGUCCACUUCAAAGUCCAGCCCACCUUCAUCAUUCAACUCUUCAAACAUCCUCACUAGUGAUGGUAGUGGGCUCCUGGGCUCUUCUGUCAGUGAGCUUCUGGUUCCAAACUUUUUUGGAGAAAUUGAAUCAGUUUUGCAGUUCAAUAGAGGGGUAGAGGAAGCUAAUAAAUUCCUUCCUAAAGAGAAUCGGCUGAUUAUUGAUCUGGAGAACAACACGUUUUCUCCUACUAAGAAGGCUCCAGAUGUGGUAGUUAAGACAGAGAUGGACGAGAGGGAGCACUCCCCAAAUGGGUCAAGAGGAAGGAAGAAUCAUGAGAGGGAGGAUACAGAUUUAGAAGAUGGGAGAAGUAACAAGCAGUCGGCAGUUUAUGUGGACGAGAGUGAGCUAUCGGAGAUGUUUGAUAGGGUGUUGCUCUGCACUGGGAAAAAAAAGGAGCCUUCUGUGGGUACCCUUGAUGAAGGCUCUCUGAGUGGAGAAAACAAGAACCUGCAGCAGAAUGGACAAUCCAAUAUAUCUAGUGCUGCAAAGACUCGUGUCAAGAAGCAGAGCAACAAGAACGGCGUUGUGGAUUUGAGGACUCUAAUGGUUAUGUGUGCACAAGCUAUCUCUUCUGAUGAUAGGAGGACUGCUGUUGAACUACUAAACCAGAUUAGGCAGCACUCUUCCCCAUUUGGGGAUGGCUCUCAGAGGUUGGCCCAUUGCUUUGCGAACGGCCUUGAAGCACGCUUGUCUGGCACUGGAACCCAGAUUUACACUGCUCUAUCUUCCAAACGAACUUCAGCUGCCGAAAUGUUGAAAGCUCACCAAGUUUGUACUUCAGCCUGUCCAUUCCAGAAGCUUGUAAUUAUCUUUUCAAAUCAUAUGAUUUUGAAAGCAGCUGAGAAUGCAGCUACACUUCAUGUUAUAGACUUUGGUAUCCUUUAUGGCUUCCAAUGGCCUGCCCUCAUCCAUUGUCUCUCAAAAAGAGCUGGUGGGCCUCCCAAGCUACGCAUUACAGGUAUAGAGCUUCCCCAAGCUGGUUUCCGGCCAGCAGAAAGAGUCCAGGAGACAGGGUGUCGCUUAGCAAACUAUUGUGAGCGCUUUGGUGUUCCAUUUGAGUAUAAUGCAAUAGCACAGAAAUGGGAAACUAUCCAAAUUGAGGACCUUAGAAUUAAUAGAGACGAGGUGCUUGCUGUGAAUUGUUUGUUCCGCUUUAAGAACCUGCUUGAUGAGACUGUUGUGGUGAACAGUCCAAGGAACGCUGUUCUGAACUUAAUUAGGAAGAUAAAUCCUGAUAUUUUUGUCCAUUCUAUUCUUAAUGGAUCCUACAAUGCUCCCUUCUUUGUCACCCGGUUCCGUGAGGCCCUCUUCCACUUUUCUGCAAUGUUUGAUGUACUUGAUACUAAUAUUGGUCGUGAAGAUCCCAUGAGGUUGAUGUUUGAAAAAGAGUUUUAUGGGCGGGAGGUCAUGAAUGUCAUAGCUUGUGAAGGAUCCAAGAGGGUUGAGAGGCCUGAAUCAUACAAGCAGUGGCAGAUUCGCAACAUGAGGGCUGGCUUUAGGCAGCUUCCACUGGACCGUGAGCUCAUGAAGAAACUGAAGGGUAAAGUGAAAGAUGGGUACCAUAACGAUUUUGUGGUCAAUGAAGAUGGGCAUUGGAUGCUUCAAGGUUGGAAGGGUCGGAUUAUCUACGCUUCCUCCUGUUGGGUGCCUAUGGUUAUGGAUCCAAGCUUUGCUGCUGAUUUCAUAAAGGGUAUCCAUACCAUCUCACCCAAUUUCAACCAAUACCCAGAUCUCGCAGGAUUCUAUGUCGAAAAUCCAUUUCUUCAACCUGAUUUGUGCCCAACUAGUUUCGCUCCGUCGAUCACAGCGGCUGCGUCCGCUGCUGAUAGCUUGAGCCCGCCCUCUAUGGGUGCUAAUUCAGGGGGAGACUCGUCCUCGGACGACAGUGAGUUCUCGGAAACGGUUCUCAAGUACAUAAGCCAGAUACUCAUGGAAGACAACAUAGACGACAAGCCCUGCAUGUUUUUCGACCCUUUAAGUCUCCAAGUCACCGAGAAAUCGUUCUAUGAUGUUCUCGGUCAGAAAUCCCCUCGUUCCCUCGACCAAGACCGACCACCGCUCUCUGUCAAUCACAUCGCGGAGAGCCCUGAAGAUGUUUUUCCAGGUAGUAAUUUUGGUGCUGCAAAUCAGCGGCCGCUCGGUGAUGGGAUGGAGCUUUUGAAUCCGAACUUUUUUACUAGCAAUGAAUUUCUGUUGCAAUUUCGGAGAGGAUUAGAGGAAGCUAGCCAGUUCCUUCCUGUGGAGAAGGGAAGGAAGAAUCACGAGAGGGAAGAUACAGAUUUGGAAGGGAGGAGCAAUAAGCAGUCGGCGGUUUCUACGGAGGAGAGUGACUUAUCGGAGAUGUUCGAUAAGGUGUUGCUUUCUACUGAUGCGCUUCCUCUGAUUUGCGUUAACAAUGAAACCCUCCAGAAUGAAGCCUCGCAGCCAAAUGGUGGGAAGAGUCGUGAUAAGAAACAGGGGAAGAAGAAGAAGAAGAAAAAGAAGGAGGAUAGGAGUGUUGAUUUGGCCACCCUUCUGAUCCAAUGUGCACAAGCCUUCGCCGGAGGUGACAUUAGAAAUGCAAAUGUGUUAAUGAAGCAGAUUAGGCAGCACUCUUCCCCUUCCGGUGAUGGGUCUCAGAGAUUGGCCCAUUACUUUGUUAAUGCCCUUGAAGCACGCUUGGCUGGCACUGGCACAAGAACUCAAAUGUUCUUUAGUUCUUUCGUUCCCAAGAGGUUGUCAGCGUCUCAAAUAUUGAAUGCUUACAAAGCUCUUAUUUCAACCUGCCCAUUCGUGAGGAUGACGGUAUUCUUCAUAGACAAAAUGAUUUAUAAAGUAGCAGAGAAAUCCACAAGUCUUCACAUUAUAGACUUCGGUAUCCAAUAUGGUUUCCAUUGGCCAAUUCUGAUCGAGAAACUCUCAAAAAGAGCUGGUGGACCUCCCAAGCUACGUAUCACCGGUAUACAGCUCCCCCAACCUGGAUUCCGUCCAACGGAGAUAAUCGAUGAGACCGGCCGCCGCUUGGCAAAGUACUCCGAGCAGUUUAAUGUUCCUUUUGAGUACCAUGCCAUUACUUCAAACACCUGGGAGGCCAUCAAAAUUGAGGACCUCAAGAUUGACCGAAAUGAGACGCUUGCUAUUAACUGUUUGUGCCGGUUUAGGAACCUACUUGAUGGGUUGGUUGAAGAGAAAAGUCCACGGGAUGCUGUUUUGAGGUUAAUCAGGAGGAUGAAUCCCGACAUCUUUGUCCAUUCUAUUGUUAAUGGAUCCUACAAUGUCCCCUUCUUCGAGUUGCGGUUUCGAGAAGCACUCUUCCACUACUCUGCAUUGUUUGACAUAUUUGAUGCUACUCUACCCCGUGAAAACCAAGAGAGAUUGUUUUUUGAGAGAGAGUUCUAUGGGAGGGAGGUUAUGAAUGUUAUAGCAUGUGAGGGGUUAGAGAGGGUUGAGCGGCCGGAGACAUACAAGCAGUGGCAAGUCCGGACAAUGAGAGCUGGUUUCCGGCAACUUCCAUUGGACCAAGAGCUGAUGAACAAAUUGAGGUCUAAGUUGAAGGAAUGGUACCACAAGGAUUUUGAGGUUGAAGAAGAUAACCAUUGGUUUCUUCAGGGGUGGAAGGGUCGCAUUGUCUAUGCUUCCACCUGUUGGGUUCCGGCUUAGUUUGCUAAUCCUUGUUAAGAAUGUUUUU